AUGGUCGCAAGCCGUCAACAUGAGGCUCUUGCAAUGAUAUGCGCGUUUCCGGUCCUUUCUACCAUCUUUGUCAUACUGCGAACGUACUCCAGGUACCUAGGUCGCAACUUCGCGUGGGACGACAACCUGAUCUUGCUGGCAACGUUGCUAUUGCUGGGCCAAACUUUGACUAUCUACAAAUAUGUCCUAGUGAGCGGCACUGGGUAUCAUGUCUAUGAUCUCCCCAAGCGUACUAUUGCAGAAAAGAUCACCGCGUUGAAGUGGAGUUUUGCGGUGCAGAUGUUCUAUCAUCCAUUGAUGUGUGCCAUCAGAGCAAGCAUCAUCAUGUUCUUGUUCCGGAUGAAAGAUGAGCGUCGAAGGAUACGAUACUCCUUACACAUCGUCUUCUGGCUGAAUAUUGGCUACACAGUCGCAACUACAUUGGGAAACACUCUGCAGUGCAAUCCUGUGCAGUACACAUGGCUUCGACCUGCGAUGGACCAGUAUGACGCCGCCGGUCACGUCACAGUCAAAGGUGGGAAAUGCAUCGACUCUCGGACCUUUGUCCUUGCAAGUUGCGCCCUCAGCAUCUUCAUGGAUCUCAUCAUCAUACCGAUUCCCAGCAUCAUGGUGUGGAACCUGCAGAUGAGCGCCAAAUCCAAGAUGUUGGUCGUCCUCAUCAUGAGCUUGGGUUGGAUUGCCACAGGAGUCUCAGUCGGGCGCUUCAUCGUCUACUACUACCGUUUUGCGCCUACGAACCUUGACCGUACCUGGAACAUUGGCCUGGUCAUCUCCGUUGCUGAACCGGCCGUCCACAUCAUCACUGCAUGUGCGCCAGCCACCAAGGGACUCUUCCGCAUGCUCUUCCCCUCUUUCAACUCAGACUACGGAACAUACAGCGACAGCUACGUUCCAUACACUCCAUCGAAUACGAAGCAGUUCGCGUCCCGUACGACAGCGUCCAAGCAACGGCCAUCCAUCGGCGGGUUCAACUUUGGACUGUCUUCAAAAGGCAUCGAGGAAGGGCAGGACACUGUCAUAGCGGAGAGGCCACAGCCAAGCCCCAGAGGUGAUGAUGUGUAUGGUAUGAAGCCAUUGGGAAGCGUUGACUCUAGGGAGAACAUCGGUCAUGGCGAUUAUGAACCGGCACACGAAGCUAGGCCUGACAGGGCCAAUACAAAAGACAGCAAGGGAGACAAUAGCUAUGUUGAGGUCGAGCCCACACAUGUCUUGGGCCAUGCCAAAUAA